AUGCCCGACUCUGGAGCUUGGGGUGCUUGGCAGGUUGAGCCAUCCACCUUUACCAAGCUUGUAGUGGAUUCCAUGCAGAAGCUGUACCCCGAAGAGCUAGCUGACGGAGCUUGGGACAAUGUCGGCCUACUUGUUGGCAACUCGGAGACGGACGCUAGGAAAAGGAGUCCUCGUGUCUUGGUGACAAACGACUUGACCUUUCAGGUUGCCGUUGAUGCCAUUGCCCAGAGCGUGAGCGUCAUUGUCAGCUACCAUCCCUUCAUUUUCGGUGGUCUCAAGUCCAUCACCAACAACGACCCUCAGCAGGCAACCCUUCUUCAUCUGGCCAAGGCUGGUAUCGCCGUCUACUGCCCCCACACGGCAGUUGAUGCCGCUCCCGAGGGCCUCAACACCUGGCUCGCUAAUAUCGUCGCUGGGUCACACAAGUCGGAGCGGUCCGUUGCCAUCCCCUGCAAGACUGCGCCCCAGACCCAUCAGGGCGCGGGUUACGGUGCCAUCGGCCGUUUUGAGGAGGAGGUUGCCCUCCCCGAGAUCCUCAUCCGUCUUGCCGAUAAGCUCGGUGGUCUCCAGCACUUGAUGGUGGCCUCGCCAGUGGGUGCAGAAGUCAAGACCACAAAGGUCAAGAGUUUCGGCGUUUGCGCCGGUAGCGGUUACGACGUUCUAAAGAAGGCCAACGUUGACCUGCUGGUGACGGGCGAGACGAGCCAUCACUCUGCCCUACGGGCCAUCCAGCAAGGCCGCACUCUCGUCCAAGUGUUUCACAGCAAUUCCGAGCGCGGAUACCUUAAGGAGGUACUUGGACCCUUGCUGGAGGAGCAGUUGAAGAAAUCAGUGCCCGAAGCUGAAGUGGUGACAAGCGAGUAUGACAAGGACCCAUUUACCAUUCUGGACGUGCACGAUCUUGAAUCAAAGUGA